AUGUAUUCUCCUCAAAUCGGCGACAGGCUCGAUAGCCUUGACACUCCUUCCAUGAUCGUCGAUCUCGACCUGAUGGAGGCCAACAUCAAGAAGCUGAUGGACAAGCUGUUGCCCACUGGCCUCAGCAUCCGCCCCCACCUGAAGACAACGAAAAGCGCCAUCCUCGCGGGCAAGCUGGCCAAAGCAGGCGCAAAGGGCGGAUGCGUUGCGAAAAUCAGCGAGGCCGAAGCCAUCGCCGCUCAGGGUUUUGAUGACCUCCUCAUCACAUGCGAAAUUGUCGGCCCCGCCAAGGUCCAGAGGCUGGUGGAACUGUAUCGCAAGCAUCGCAAGAUCCGGAUUGUGGUGGACAGUGAGGUCGCAGCUAGUGCCAUCAACGACGCGCUGGCGCGCUCCGGUAUCGACGAACCGAUCGCGACGCUGAUUGACCUGGAUGUGGGCUUGCACCGCACGGGUGUCAAGCCCGGCGAGCCAGCGCUGGCUCUCGCCCGGCACGUGGGUGGAUUGAAACAUCUGAAGUUGAUCGGUGUGCAGGGCUACGAGGGCCACCUCCAGCAUCUUCACGACUACAACGAUCGCAAGACGCAGUGUCUCGAGUCUAUGCGGACGCUGACGAGCACUGCGGAUGCGUUCCGCAAGGCGGGAUUCAAUAUCGAAGUGGUGACCACCGGUGGAACGGGGACGGCCGAGUUCUGCGCCUCUGUUCCGGGCGUGACGGAGCUGCAGCCCGGGUCGUUCAUCUUUAUGGACACGGAUUACCGCGCGGCGGUGGGCACGUUCUAUUCCAACAGCCUUACGAUCCUGUCGACGGUCGUCAGCAAGCAAGGUCCGCGGGCGGUCACCAUUGACGCUGGACUGAAGUCGUUGACAACGGAUAGCGGUUUGGCCGAGUGCAAGGACCCGCGGUAUACGUACGAUGUUCUCGGCGACGAGCACGGUUCGCUGACGUGGGAAGAAGGCACGCCGGAUCUUGCUGUGGGCGAUCGGGUGGAGAUGAUCCCCAGUCACAUCGAUCCCACGAUCAACCUGCACGACUGGUACUACGGGUAUCGGAAUGGGGUCAUUGAGGAGAUCUGGCCGGUUGACUCGAGGGGAAAGGUCCAGUAA